GUCUGCUGUGGUUUGUGCUGAGAAGCAGAAGUGAGUGCACGUUCAGGUCACGGCGACUGUUGUUGAGAAGCAGACCACAGACACAGGAAGUCCCGCCCUGGUUCCCCUCUCAGCCCUCCUUCCUCCAGCGCUCUGCAGGACACCUGAUUUCUCUGAAGGGGGAGAAAACAUUUCCUCAUGAGGGAAAGAAGAUGAGAAGCUUCCAGAACAGAGCAGAAGACUUUUCAUCCUCUCAUUUCAAACUGCUGACUGCUCCUUUCUUCUUUUUCACCUUUUCACUUCAUAUUGAGACCAGAAUUCAACUCAUUUUGACCUGAAAACACUUCAGUCCUUCAAAGCUUCUGGAACAGUGUGUGUGAGAAGAUUUGAAGAGAUUUCAGCAGAGUCAAACAUCUUGCCUGCAUUAAAGCAUGUCAGCACCUCAUCGUGGACUCUCCAGGGAACAGAGUGAAAGUUUAGUGAAUUAAAUCAGACUCUUCACAAGGACAAAGAUGAGUUCAACUCCAGAAAUCCUCCUGGGGAUACUGGACGAUUUGGGACGUGAAGACUUUGAAAGGUUCAAGUGGUAUUUGGGGCUUGAUGGGGUUCUUGAAGGGUUCAAACCAAUCCCAAGGAGUAAACUUGAGAGAUCGGGUAGAACUGACAUGGUGGAUACGAUGGUCCAAGCCUACAGCAGCCAUGCUCUUGAAGUCACGAAGAUGGUUUUAGAGAGAAUGCGUAUGAUCCACAUAUGGGAGAAACACGCCAGAAACAUCUUUAAACCCGAAGGGCAAAAAAGUCCUGAAGAGGAUCUGUUGUCAGCAGAAUCCAAGAGCUGUCAAAUAAACCUCAAGGCCAACCUGAAAACAAGGUUCGAGAAUGUGUUUGAGGGGAUCCCUAAACAAGGACAGUCCACUGAGCUGAACCAGAUCUACACAGAGCUCUACAUCACAGUGGGAGGGAGUGCAGGGGUCAAUCAGGAACAUGAGGUCAUACAGAUUGAAAAUGCAUCAAGGGAACCAGACACAGAGGAAACAAUUACCACACGAGACAACAUCUUUAAAGACUCACCUGGAAGGUCUAAACCAAUCAGAACAGUGCUGACAAAGGGAGUGGCUGGCAUUGGGAAAACAGUCCUGACACAGAAGUUCACUCUGGACUGGGCUGAAAACAAACAAAACCAGGACAUCGACUUCAUAUUUCCAUUCACCUUCAGAGAGCUGAAUCUGGAGAAGGAGAAGAAGUUCAGCUUGGUGGGACUUGUUCAUCACUUCUUCACUGAAACUAAAGAAGCAGGAAUCUGCAGCUUUGAAGAAUUCCAGGUGAUCUUCAUCUUUGAUGGUCUGGAUGAGUGUCGAUUCCCUCUGAAGUUCCGUCAAGCUGAGAUCCUGACUGAUGUUACAGAGCCCACCUCAGUGGAUGUUCUGCUGAUAAACCUCAUCAGGGGGAAACUGCUUCGCUCUGCUCGAAUCUGGAUCACCACACGACCUGCAGCAGCCAAUCAGAUCCCUGUUGACUGUGUGGACAGGGUGACAGAGGUCCGAGGGUUUAACGACUUACAGAAGGAGAAGUACUUCAAGAAGAGGUUCAGAGAUGAGGAGCAGGCCAGCAAGAUCAUCUCCCACAUCAAGAAAUCCCGAAGCCUCCACAUCAUGUGCCACAUCCCGGUCUUCUGCUGGAUCACUGCUACAGUUCUGGAGAAGCAGAGCAGAGAGGGAGGAGAGCUGCCCAAGACCCUGACUCAGAUGUACAUCCACCACCUGGUGGUCCAGGCCAAAAUGAAUAGUGUCAAGUAUGAUGGAGGAGCUGCCACAGAUCCACACUGGAGUCCAGAGAGUAGGGAGAUGAUAGAGUCUCUGGGAAAACUGGCUUUUGAUCAGCUGCAGAAAGAAAACCUGAUCUUCUAUGAACCCGACCUGACAGAGUGUGGCAUCGACCUCAGAGCAGCCUCUGUGUACUCAGGAAUGUUCACACAGAUCCUCAAAGAGGAGAGCUGCCUGUACCAGGACAUUGUGUUCUGCUUCAUUCAUCUGACCCUUCAGGAGUUUCUGGCUGCUCUUCAUGUCCAUCAGACCUUCAUCAAGUCAGGACUGAACCCCCUGGAUGGAAAACAGGAAACAUUCAGUAUGUCCAAAAGGAUUAAGACAACACCGAAUCUCCACCAUCUCCAUCAGAGAGCUGUGGACGAGGCCUUGAAGAGUCCAAAUGGACACCUGGACUUGUUCCUCCGCUUCCUCCUGGGUCUUUCACUGCAGACCAAUCAGAGUCUCCUUCGAGGUCUGCUGACACAGACAGGAAGUAGCUCACAGACCAAUCAGGAAACAGUCCAGUACAUCAAGAAGAAGCUGAGUGAGGGUAAGAGUCAGUCUGUAGAGAGAAGCAUCAAUCUGUUCCACUGUCUGAAUGAACUGAAUUAUGGUUCUCUGGUGGAGGAGAUCCAACAGUCCCUGAAAUCAGGAAGUCUGUCCACAGACAGACUGUCUCCUGCUCAGUGGUCAGCUCUGGUCUUCAUCUUACUGUC